ACCAGUUCCCAGCAAUAUGAAUGAAAAAGGAGAGUUAAGAGAGAUGAAGGUAAAGUCGUUCUUGGUUGAAUCGGCGCCAUUUGCAGCCAUGGUAACCGUGGAGUUCCUGGAUGUAGGCUUAACUACCAUUAGCAAAGCUGCCAUGUCCAAAGGAAUGAGCCACUUCGUCUUUGUCGUCUACUCAAAUGCUCUGGCUUCCAUCAUUCUUCUUCCAGCUUCUUUUUUCUUCGCAAGGUUCUUAUCUAUCUAUCAAUCAAAUGGCUCCAUUGUUGAGCUAUUAAUUUGUGUUGGGAUUUCUUGUUCAUGCAGGAAAAAGCGACCACCGAUUACUUUACCUCUGCUCUGCAAAUUUUUCUUCUUAAGUAUUGCUGGGAUUACUUUGAUGCAGAACUGUGUAUUCACUGGUGUAAGUUACAGCUCUCCUACCCUUGGUUCUGCUCUUGCCAACUUAAUCCCAGCUUUCACUUUCUUGCUUGCUGUUAUCUUCAGGAUGGAAAAGCUAGAGUUGAGAAGCUCAAAGAGCCGGAUCAAGAUCUUGGGCACCUUGGUAUCCAUUUCUGGAGCACUCAUUAUAACCCUUUACAAGGGUCCUCCUAUACUUUCCCAACCAGUUCAGCCACAUUCAGAGCAAUCUCCUUCUACCAUGUUAAUAACAACAUCGAACAAUUGGGUCAUAGGCGGCCUCUUCAUGGCUACUGCCGGAUUUUCACUUUCGGCUAGCAUAAUCGGUCAGGCUGCAAUUCUAAAAGGAUAUCCCUCGGAGAUAACAAUGGUUUCCUUCUAUUGCCUCUUUGGGACCAUUCAGUGUGCAUUGGUUGCUUUGGUUGCUGAAAGAAACCCGAAUGCAUGGAAAUUGAGUCCUGAUAUUGAACUCAUCUCUGUGGUCUACUCGGCUCUAUUUGGAAGCGUGGCUACAUUCGGUGUGAUGGCAUGGUGCAUACAACGUAAAGGGCCGGUCUUUGUGGCCAUGUUCAAGCCCUUAAGUAUUGCUAUUGCUGCCGUCUUCGGGUUCAUUUUCCUUGGAGAAACACUUCAUAGAGGAAGUAUUGUAGGAGCAGGCAUAAUAGUUACGGGGUUUUAUGGGGUGAUAUGGGCACAGUCCAAAGAGGACAAGGAUGAAGUGGCCAAGACAUCAACCACCCCUCUCUUACAUGGGUAUGUUCAUCAGAAUUCUUAGUAGUUGCCAGAUAUGGGGCCGAUCUACUUGCAUGUGCAUGCUUCUUUCCCAACAUCUACGUUAACCCUCGCCCUUGCGUGGAUGUUUAAAAACAUUUAUAAACAUAAUUUCGCUACAUGGGGUUCUGCCCUAACAAGACUUAACUAAGCUAUUCGUAGGAGGAUCUAUCUUGGUAAUUAGGGGUGAGUAAAACUUGACUCACUCGAAAAAUCAAUUUUCUUUUUAA